AUGGGUGAUGAUGAUAAGCAAGUAACCAUGGCCAAACCGGGUGAAGCUCUUGUGGUUUCUCCUUAUUCUUUGUUCUCCUCUGAUAAUCCGGGUGCCUUGAUCACUUCGGUGCAGCUUACGGGGGACAAUUACAAUGAAUGGGCCAUGGAGAUGGGGAAUGCUCUAAGAGCAAAGAAGAAGAUAGGUUUUAUCGAUGGCAGCUUGCCGAAACCUGAAGAAGGAAACGCCCACAAGUUGUGGGAUAACCUCAAGAAACGGUUUGAUGUUGGGAACAAGGUGCGAGUUCACCAAUUGAUGGAGCAGUUGGCUUCUUGUCGUCAGAAUGGACAGCCAGUCAUUGAUUACUACGGACGUAUGGCUGUGAUGUGGGAAGAGUUGAAAACGUACAGGCUACCACCAGCGUGUACAUGCUCAGCUGCAACAGUGUAUGAGAAGGAGCGAGAAGACGAGAGGGUACAUCAAUUCAUUAUGGGUCUUGAUGACUCAAGGUUUGGCAAUGUGGUGACUGCAAUAAUAGAGGCAGAUGAGUUACCAGAUCUUGGAGGUUUUGCGAAGCGUGAGGCACAAGGAAGUGAAAUUCGUGAGAGUUUCAAUGGAGGUACGAGAAGUGAAGGCACCAGAUCAAGGGAAAGAGUGUGCUAUCAUUGCGGCAAACCAGGUCAUGAGAAGAGCACUUUCUGGCAGCUGGUAGGAUAUCCAGAAUGGGUGACUGAGAAACAGAGAGGACGUGGUGAUGGUCGUGGUUCUAGAAGAGGCAAUGGACGUGGAUAUGGCAGAGGUGGUGGUGGACGUGGAGCAGCUAAUGUUGAAACGGCCACGAGUUCGUAUGGUGCAGGCUCCAAUGAUCUUACUCCUGAGCAAUGGAGCAAGAUUACUCAAAUAAUCCAAGAAGGGAAGUCGAAUGGUGGUAAUGAAAAACUUUCAGGUAAAAUGUUUGGUGAUGUUAUAAUAGACACAGGGGCCUCACAUCACAUGGCUGGGGAACUAUCUCAGCUUGUAAACGUGAGAGAUACGGCGCCUUGUGCGGUUGGUUUUGCGGAUGUUGGAACAACAACAUCGUCAAGCAUGGGUGAUCUUAUCUUGAGUGAAACCAUAUCGCUCAAAGAUGACCGUUCUUCGAAGACUCUGAUUGGAGCAGGUGAGGAACGUGAUGGGGUGUACUACUUCAAGGAUGUCUCAAUGGCGCGAGUCAGCAAGGCAGAAGGCAAAUCUGAUCAGUUGUUGUGGCAUCAAAGAAUGGGACACCCAGCUUUUACCGUUUUUCCUAUGUGCUUUGAGUUGAUUCAUGUGGAUGUUUGGGGUCCUUAUAGAGUACCUGCCUCAUCUGGAGCUCUUUAUUUUUUGACAAUAGUAGAUGACUACUCGAGAGCGGUAUGGACAUACUUGUUGACUGCGAAAUCUGAAGUCAGAAAGGUUGUGGAAAGAUUUUGCAAGUAUAGUGAGAAGCAGUUUGGUAAAAGUGUGCAAAUGGUGCGUAGUGAUAGUGGCAUGGAGUUUAUGAAGGACCGAAACAGAGAUAAGUUCAGUCCAAGGAGUAGGAAGUGUGUUUUCGUCGGGUACCCAUUCGGUAAGAAAGGUUGGAGAGUGUAUGAUACUGAGACAAACAAGUUUCUUGUCUCACGGGAUGUGGUGUUCAAGGAGGAUGUGUUCCCGUUUGAUAAGGCAGAGUCAACUGAGAUCGAUGAAAGAAACUUGACUGGAGGACCAGAUGAUGAUUGGGUUAUACAUUCUGUCUCAGACACUGAAGACGGGGGGAGUGAUCCUGUGAGUAGAGUUGUAGAGUCUGGUGAUAAGCAGAAAGAAGAUAUGGUAAAGGAAACAGCUGCAACAGAGACAGCGGGUGUAGAGGAAGUGUCCAAUGAAAACGAAAAUAUUGGUGAGCUGGAAGCAAUAAAGGAACAAGAAGGUGAUGAGGAUAGCACGAGGUGUGAUAAAUAA